CGCUCUUUGCCUCUUGUCGUUGAGCGCCUUUGUCACAAUACAGGAACAUUCCACGCGGUGUAAAGGUCGGUAUAUGUAUGUUACAAAAAUACGGGGAAGUCAAGCGACCCCAGCCUGCGUGUCAGCCACUGGGUACAGCGGACAAGUGACACGUGACACAGAGUAAGACCCUGACACUCAGCAGUGACCAAACAAUGUCGUCCGUUAGGCUGUUUUAUUUCGAUUUUCCUGGCCGGGGCGAGCUGGUGCGCCUGGUGCUAGCUGUAGCAGGGGUCGAGUUCGACGAUGUGAGGUUUUCGGGCGCCGACUGGGCUGCCAGGUACAAGCCAGAGGCACCUUUCGGCCAGGUACCCUAUGUAGAAUACAAGGGAAAGAAAUAUGGACAGAGCGUCGCCAUAGCCACUUUCUUUGCACAGGAGAACGGUCUCUAUGGCGAUAACAACCUGCAGGCACUCCGCAUUGACGAGGUGGUGGGUCUCGUGCAGGACUUCAUUCGUGUUUUCAUCAGAGCCUUUGUCCAGAAGGACCCUGCCAAAAAGGAAGAACUCUGGGCUGCCUUGGUGAAGGACGACGCCCCCAGGUUUUUUGGUUUCUUCCAGAAACUUCUGCAGGAAAAUGGAUCUGGGUAUUUUGUAGGUGAUAAGCUGUCACUGGCAGACCUGACAGUGUAUGACAUUGUGAAACAAACCCGCGACACCUUCAACUACGACGCCAGCACCAGCUUCCCGGAAAUCAAGACAUUGGUAGAGAAUAUAGAGAGCAACGAGAACAUCAAGACUUACAUCAACGGCAACAAAUGAGAAUCGCCUUCAGAGCUUUACAACCUGAAGAAUAGAACGAAUGUGGAAUUAACCAGCCAGACAGACAGACAACCGAACAGACAAAUCUUGCGAUAGAGACAUUCGCCAUCUUGCAAGCAGCUUGCGGGACUUCAGUACUGUAACCUUCCGUCGCGCAUUCAUCUGCUCAUCCUACAAACACAGUGAGUGAGUGAGAGUAUAAAAAAAAGAAAUAAAAGAAAAAAAUCUGAUGACUUUCAGGAUAAAUUCUGGUUUUUGUAAUUCUAGAUAAGUAAUGUUAAUGAGGGGAAUAUCUCAAACACGCUGAAACUGAUAAAUUGGCAUGUUACAUUGUUACAUUGUUACAUUGCCAGUUGUGUACUAACCUUACAGCCAGUAAAAUUAUUAAAUUGUAUGUACUGCAUGAUGCACAAUGUGAUUAGUUUCUUUUGUUUUAAUUUUCUAUUUCUGUUUUCAAUAAACUAGACAAAUUAAAAGAUUUCCAUUAAUUAAAAUGUU